GUAACCCACCCGGUCCCGCCUCUGAGGUGGCACACGGCUCCCUCUCAGCACGGCUUGUGCAGCAGAUACAGACAGAUCAGUAGCAGCGGCGGCGGCGGCGGCAGCAGCAGAGGAUCCAGACAGGAACGGAGUAGCAGGAAACAGGCGUGAGAGCAUCCACGCAGCAUCCCCGCAGAAUCCGCGCAGGGCGUGUGGAUGUGAUGCCCACCCGGAGAGAGAUGGUGUAAACAAACCAGCUUUGCCCCGUCACUGAGCUCCACCGCGGAGGAAAACGAAGGGAGGAGAGGCGGAAAUGGAUACCAAAUGGUUACGAAUUAGAUAUUUACCUGAUGCCUACAGAAAAUGACUCUAGCUGGUUGCCAAGAUGAAUACGAGUUCACACAUUGUUGCUAGAAACAACUAAAUUUAGCAACCGAAAAGUCAAGUUCAACACGACCCAAGACAUAAAGAUACAGAGUGGUUAAGAGGUGAAAUGACCAGCACCCCAAAAGAAAACAAAUAGUUAAAGUUUUCAUAUACAGUUCAGGUUGUCUGCCACAAUGUUGAGCCGUCUGUUCAGCGAGGUGCUGCCGGACGUCCAGCGGUUGGCGGCGGACUGGGUGCAGGACACCGACAGCGACGGAUGCAAGGUGAAGGAGGAACGCGAGCCGUGCCACCUCGGAGAGGACGAUUUGGACGAGCCGCGGGAGGGCAGCAGCCGGGCAGAGUCCGAGAUGGCCGGGGACGACGACGACGAGGACGAUGAUGGCGAGGAAGAAGAGUGCGGGGACGAAAACGGCGGGGAUAAACCCAAGAAGCGCGGCCCGAAGAAGCGCAAAAUGACGGCGGCGCGCAUGGAGCGCUCCAAGCUGCGGCGCGUGAAGGCCAACGCGCGGGAGCGCACGCGCAUGCACGAUCUGAACUCGGCGCUGGACAACCUGCGCAAAGUGGUGCCGUGCUACUCCAAAACCCAGAAACUCUCCAAAAUAGAGACUCUGCGGUUGGCCAAGAAUUACAUUCUAGCCCUCGGGGAGAUUUUACGCAACGGGAAACGUCCAGAUGUGGUGACCUACGUGCAGAUGUUGUGCAAGGGCCUGUCCCAGCCUACCACCAACCUGGUGGCGGGCUGCCUGCAGCUCAACACCAGGAACUUCCUGACCGAGCAGUGCGCGGACGGAGCCCGCUUCCACAUGCCCAGUUCUCCGUUCUCAGUGCAUCCCUACCCCUACCGCUGCUCCCGUCUUUCUAGCCCUCACUACCAGCCCGGAGCCGGAGCUCUCAAUAUGCGGGCCCAUUCCUACAGCGGCUCCGGGUAUGAGUCCGUGUACAUGCCGGGCGGGACGUCUCCAGACUACAACAGCCCGGAGUAUGAGGGCCAGCACAGCCCGCCGGUGUGCCUGAACGGCAGCCUGUCCGGGAAACAGCAGGAGUCCUCAGACACAGACAGGAGCUAUCAUUACUCUAUGCAUUACUCCGGACUGACCACAUCCCGGCCUAAUCACGGCCUACAUUUUGGACCAUCGGGAGCGCGCAGCGGAGGCGCGCAUUCAGAAAACAUCCCACCUUUCCACGACGUCCACCUGCACCACGACAGGGCGCCGCCAUACGAAGACCUGAACGCUUUUUUCCACAACUGAGCAGCUCAGAAAAGGAGGGGAGCAAACUACAGGCUCACCGACUCCACAGAGACAAUCCUAAAGAAAGCGUUUAUUAUUUAAAAAAA